AUGCCUUAUAUACCUUACGUUGUUCCUAAGUAUAAAUACUCUCUUAUAUUUAUUCUAGUACUUGCUAUAUUUAUUGCUGUCAAUUUUGCCUCUCCAACUUAUGAAUUAAAUAGUCAAAUUGAAGAACUAAAAAACGAUCAACCGAAAAAUGAUCAACCAAAAGAGGAACCAAAAAAUGAUCAACCAAAGGAGGAACCAAAAAAUGAUCAGCCAAAAGAAGAACCGAAAAAAGAUGCGCCAAAUAACGGUGAUGGACAACCACCAAACAAUGGAAAUGGACAACCACCAAAUAACGGAGAUGGACAACCACCAAACAAUGGAAAUGGACAACCUCUAAACAACGGAGAUGGACAACUGCCAAACAAUGAAAAUGGACAACCUCCAAACAAUGGUGACGGACAACCGCCAAACAAUGGAAAUGGACAACCUCUAAAUAACGGUGAUGAUCAACCGCCAAACAAUGGAAAUGGACAACCUCCAAAUAACGGUGAUGGACAACCGCCAAACAAUGGAAACGGACAACCUCCAAACAACAGAGAUGGACAACCGCCAAACAAUGGAAAUGGACAACCUCCAAAUAACAGUGAUGGACAACUGCCAAACAAUGGAAAUGGACAACCUCCAAACAACGGAGAUGGUCAACCGCCAAACAAUGGAAAUGGACAACUUCCAAACAACGGAGAUGGUCAACCGCCAAACAAUGGAAAUGGACAACCUCCAAAUAACGGUGAUAGUCAACCGCCAAACAAUGGAAAUGGACAACCUCCAAAUAACGGUGAUGGUCAACUGCCAAACAACGGUGAUGGUCAACCAAAAGAUGGAAAAGAACCCGACGAAUAUAAAAAGACAAUUGAUACUAAAACAAUUGAACCAACUGCAACUGGUGGUUCUCCUAAUGAUCCUGGAUGCAAACCUCUACCAGGAGUCUGGACAACGAUCACAACAACGGUUACAUUAUUUUUUGCCGGCUAUACAACAACAAUCACAACAAAAAAUGAUAAAGGAGAAAUUACAACUUUCGCAACAUACAUCCCUCCAUCUACCGUAGUUGUGGUGAAAAAAGUCGCUGUCACUGCACCUGCGGUUGAGGAUCCAAAUAAUAUCGUUUCGGAUUCAACCAUGUUACAAAAUUUUAAUAGCCAUGGCUUAUGGGGUGUUAUGUUAAGUUUAGCUGUUGUUGCCACAUCUUUAAUUUUUAUGAUCGUCGCAUCCACUCAAUGUGAGCUCCUAAUUUAG